AUGCCCACGCCCUCCAAAUGCAGGCUGCUGCCGCGGCCAGUCCAGCUUCUACUCAUUCUUGCAGGCGCAGCAGCCAUGGCCGGGGCUGAAGAACUAGCCGAGCAGCUGCCGAUCACACGUCCGGGCUGCCCUGACAAGUGCGGCAACCUGAGCAUCCCGUUCCCCUUCGGCCUGAUGCCCGGCUGCUUCCGCGAGGGCUUCCAGGUCAUCUGCGACCACUCCGUCGACCCCCCUCGAGCGUUCCUCGCCGACACCGAUAACAACCGCAUGACGGUCACCGACAGCGACGCCUCGGCGGCCUCCGACGCCGCCGCCUAUCUGGGGUUCAACACCUCGUAUUUUCCGGUGGAGCUGGUGGACAUGUCAGCCGACAUGAGCCAGGCGCGGGCGUACGGCCCCAUCACGUCCGGCUGCAGCACCAACAGCACCCAGUACAGGUUCCAAACUCAGGCCAUGACGCUCGGCGUCACGCAGGGGCCGUUCGCCGUGUCGCAGACGCUCAACGUCGUCGUCGGCGUGGGCUGGAGGGUCGACGUCGCCAUGGACGGCUCGAGCACGCUCGCCUGCAGCACUGGCACGGGGCGGGAGCUCGCGGCGAGGAACGGGUCGUGCGCGGGGCAGGGCUGCUGCGAGGCCGCCCUGCCCCCGGAGCCGGUGUACGGCAGCGUCCAGCCGGGGCUCGUGGUCCCGAACGAAAACGCCCUGUGGAGGUCCAGCCCGUGCUCCUACGCCAUGGUGGUCGAGAAGUCGCGCUACGUCUUCUCCACGCCGGACCUGUACGGCGACACGCUGCUGAUGGAGAGUUUCCCCGUCGUGCUAGACUUCGCCAUCGUCGGGAACGCCUCGUGCCCGGCGAAAGGCCAGCGGCCACCUCCGGACUACGCGUGCGCCAGCAGCAACAGCUACUGUGUCAACGCCACGGUUGGCCUCUCCGGCUAUGCACUCAGCUACGUGUGCAAAUGCUCGGAGUACUACGAGGGCAACCCUUACAUCGCCAAUGGAUGCCGAGACAUCGAUGAGUGCAAGUUCCCGGAUCUAUACUACUGCUCGAGCAAAGGCAUAUGCAAGAACAGGCCGGGAGGAUAUGACUGUCCAUGCAAGCCAGGAAUGAGAGGCGAUGGGAAAUUGGGACAGUGUGUGGAGAAAUUUCCCAUUGUAGCCAAGGCGAUUGUGGGUAUCAUUGGUGGUAUUUCUAUCAUAGUGGUUAUAUCAUUCCUAGUUCUUCUCCGCAAAGAGAGAAGGAAGACCAGGGAGUUGUACGAAAAGAAUGGUGGACCUACACUAGAGAGAGCAAAAAAAUAUUAA